GCCAGCCGCCGGCGGGAGCCGCACGCAGCCACCGCGGGGCGGGCUUGGGAACGUCGCACUGGGCCGGGCCGAGCCGGGCAGCGCAGCGCCGGGGGGGGGGGGUGCUUCUGAGGCGCGAGGGAGACGAACGGGAUGGACGAGGGUCUUUGCAGCGGCAAGCGGCAACGGGCGGCUCAGAUUGCAACAUCAAUCUAAUUAUUUGGAAGGCUUUGGAUCAUCUUCAACAAGACGGACGUUGGAUGUUUAGCAUCAGAUCUUUGGAUUUUUGAAUGUGAAAUUGAACUACUUUAUUUCUAGGUUUGCUGGGAUGGGUAAUCUUCUUAAGGUCCUUACCAGGGAAAUUGAAAACUAUCCACAUUUUUUCCUGGAUUUUGAAAAUGCACAGCCCACAGAUGGAGAAAGGGAGGUAUGGAAUCAGAUCAGUGCAGUUUUACAGGACUCUGAAAGUAUGCUUGCGGACCUUCAGGCUUACAAAGGAGCUGGACAAGAAAUUAGAGAUGCAAUACAAAAUCCCAAUGAUAUCCAGUUGCAAGAAAAAGCAUGGAAUUCAGUAUGUCCUCUGGUUGUAAGACUGAAACGCUUCUAUGAGUUUUCCCUCAGAUUAGAGAAAGCCCUGCAAAGCUUAUUGGAGUCCUUGACGUGCCCACCUUACACUCCAACUCAGCACCUGGAACGGGAACAGGCUCUAGCAAAAGAGUUUGCAGAAAUCUUACAUUUUACUCUUCGUUUUGAUGAACUUAAGAUGAGAAACCCAGCAAUUCAGAAUGACUUCAGUUAUUACAGGCGAACAAUAAGUCGCAACAGAAUAAACAACAUGCACCUAGACAUAGAGAAUGAAGUAAACAAUGAAAUGGCCAAUAGGAUGUCCCUCUUCUAUGCAGAAGCCACACCAAUGCUGAAAACACUCAGUAAUGCAACUACACAUUUUGUAUCAGAAAACAAAACGUUGCCGAUUGAAAAUACAACGGACUGUCUAAGUACAAUGGCUAGUGUAUGUAAAGUCAUGUUGGAGACACCAGAGUAUAGAAGUAGAUUCACCAGUGAGGAGACCCUUAUGUUCUGCAUGCGAGUAAUGGUGGGAGUUAUUAUUCUGUAUGAUCACGUUCAUCCUGUGGGAGCUUUCUCAAAGACAUCAAAGAUCGAUAUGAAGGGAUGCAUAAAAGUUUUAAAGGAGCAACCACCUGACACUGUGGAAGGACUUCUGAAUGCUCUCAGGUUCACUACAAAACACCUGAAUGAUGAAUCUACUUCAAAACAAAUUCGAGCUAUGCUGCAGUAGGAUCCUGAGACAAGUAGAUGUUUGUACUGAUCACAGAAGAUGUGUAUGUUUACAUAAUUUAAUACAGUUUGAUGUUAAUACUUGUGUGCAUUUACAUAACCAGUUUCUUGGUAUUGCUAAAAUAUAUGAAUCUGUUCAUAACCUGACUGACUUUAUAUAGUGCAGCCUAAGUUUUUAUGCUUGUCUUUAUCUUUUGACUUUUAAAAUACUUUUUUUACUUACUUUCAACUACUACAGUUUAUCUGUGCAUUGUAAUCCUUACACACCUUCUCCACUGGAGAAGUCAGCAGUAGUGAAGGCAAAAUGGAAAUUAAUCUGAAAACUCAAAGGUAGCACAUAAAAGGAACUUCAAACAUACGAGAAAAUACAAUUAAUUGGGUAUGUUUUAAGAGCACGUGGACAAAUUUUCAGUCAGGUAGUAUUAGGAUUUCAUCAAACUUGUAUGAGCAGGAGAAUACCUGUAUGUUCAUCACUGUCUUAAAAUACUUUGUCUUUCCUGUCCUAAAACAGCUGAUUGUAAGGAUUAUAUUCUGGCUGACAUCCAAAAGCAUAUGGCAGAGAUGUAACUUUUACCUUUUUGAUUAAGUAUACCCUGUACCUCUCAACAGUUGGGGAAAUUAAUAUCCUUUUUCAAGUUCAAUUUAAAUAAAAAGGAAAUACGUUGUAAGACCACUGCUAGAUUUUUAAAUUCCUGUAUAAUUGUAUUAGACUUAGAAAGGGAAAAUACAAAUGCCUUGACUUAAGUAGAAAGGGUUUCUAAGUGUGAAUAUAUCAUGAUGAACAUUCUUUCUCAAACAGCUCCACCCAGUAAUUUUUUUGCUCAUAUAAACUGGUACAAAGCAGAACGUUAUUCUGUGACAGCAAACCUUCCUGCUGUCUAAAUGGCCUCAUCAAACUAGGGAUGAUAUAAAUAAAUAUUAGAAGCUGAGCUGUUCUUAGGCACUCACUUAAGUUCCUUGGUAAUAUUAUUCAUUUGAUGGUUCAGAGUCAACACAGAAAUAUCUAUCAGAUGACUGCUCUUCCUUGGUUUAUGAGACGUGAUUGAUGUUUCAAGAAGUUGAGUUCCUUACUGAGUUGUUUGUUCUUACUUUCUAGCAAUUUUUUUUCCACUAAAUGGAACAGGAAUACUUUGCCAAAAGCAGCAAAGUACUCAUGCUUUGUUAAGUAUGUCUUCUGGGUGGUCUGCAGUUGCUGUACAUAUUCUUGCAGAGGUCAUGUUCUGAAAAUGUGUUCAAUUUCAUGUACUUUGCUUGCACGUAUGUGUGAAAACUCCAGUGCUUGUGCACAGAUUUGGAUUUGCUUAUUCCUGUGUAUAUAAACCAGGGUUUGUGUGCUCUCACUGGAAUUUUUAUGCAUACCACUUCUAAUAACAUUACCUUAAGUCUUAGAAGAUGCAUUUGGUCUGCUGAAACUCGGCUGUGCUUGACAAAUUGAGUCAUUGAACUCAGUCCUUAAACAGUAUUAAUACAGUAAGUUCUUUGGAGUAGGGGUUGCUUUAGAGAUUAUUUCUAUGCAGUUUCUCAAGCCUAAUUAGAGCCUAUAGGCACCAAUGUUCUAUGUGUUGUGAUACUGGACAGCAGCACAACUCCCAGCAUUCAUGUCGCACAUCCGCAGCUGUAGCAGCAAAUCACGUUGUCAUUGUUGUUGUUGGGGGCAGAAUUAGAGUCACACUAGGUUCUUUUGAUCUUUUUUUAUCCUUUUUUUUUUUUUCUGGAAGAAGUGAUCACACUGCUUUUUCACAGUAGUAAAUCCACUGUUUACAUGCUCCAUUUUUAAUGGGGGGGGACAUUUAAAGAUGUAUAUUAGGGAAAAUCCUGCUUUGUUCAUAGUCACUUCCAGUUAGGUAAAUCCAGGCAGAUGACAGGUCAUUCUGUUGAGCUUUGGGAACUGAAGUUAAUACAUGCUUACCUGCAAUUACUUGUCAAACAAUGAAGUCUUUAAGUAGCCCAGAGGAAGGCUAUUUGUCACUUGUAUAAUAAAAAUGUAAACCUUAAAACA